AUGGGUGCCGAUGCGGCCCCGGGCACCAUUGACUGCUGGACGCCAUCUUUCCCGCCAGGAAUGCCCGAAAACCCAAAUCUCUUAUUUCCUGCAUCUAUUUUCUGCUCACCCUUUUCUAGCUCCACCGCGACAUCCGGCAGGCGUAUCCGGCACGUCACAAAUGGCAAUGCUCGGAUAUUCAGCAAUCAAAACCGCCCCCACUGCAAAAUUGAUCGUGAUCCCCGUGAUCCAUGUGUUCCUUGA